AUGGUGAGGCCGUCGGAAGGCGGUGGACUUCUGAUAGUCGGCUGGCUUCUGGUACUCCGUUCCAUCGGUGCCGGUGCCCAGUUAGAUUCCGACUACGGAUGUCCGCCUCAGGAAAGGAUACUGCCCUGCAGAUGCUCGACGCGCGAUAUGGAGAUUCAAAUAUGGUGCAGCCACAGCGAAUUACCGAAGGUGCUGGAAGGCUUGAAGGCGGUCAGUCACUACAUGAACCAACCGGUGGACGAACUGAUCUUGGAGAACAACAACUUACCUAGUUUGCCCGGCAAGGUAUUCGCGACCUUGCGAGUCUUGCGCCUGAUGCUGCGAAACAAUCGGCUAGAGAGGGUGUCGUCCGGCUGGCUGGAGGGUUUGCACGAUUCUCUGCUGGAGCUAUUUAUCGUCGAGCCCGAUUUGCGGUCUUUACCUGUGGACAGUUUGGAGAAUCUGCAGGGUCUCGAGGCAGUGACGCUGCAGAGUCGCGUGAUGAAGCGACUGCCCAAGUUCACUGGUUUGCCGAAACUGAGGUACCUGCAGAUCAACUCCCCGGCCUUAUUAGAACUCGCCCCGAGAAACUUUCGCGAUAUUCCCAAUCUGGAGCAGCUGCACGUAUUCGGUAGUCCGAGGCUGACGAGACUGGAGGCCGGCCUCCUUCGUGGUCUUCCCCGACUGGAACUGAUCAACGUCACCGAUUCCGGAAUCCACUGGAUUCAUCCGCGGGCCGUGAUCGAUUUGCCGGAACUCAGGGAGAUAUCGCUGGUCGGAAACGCGAUAGUCGAUGCCGGUAUGGUCGGUCGGGCGUGCAUGGAUCUCCCGUCGUUGUCGGUGUUACAUCUGGAUCGGAAUCGCAUCAAUCGCCUCGGCGAGGGCUCCUUCGUCGAUCUCCCUAUCUUAUCGCGUAUUUAUUUAUCGCGCAAUCAUAUUACGGAGAUAUUCGCCGGGGCUUUUCAACGGGUGCCGGCUCUCAAGUCCGUGGAUCUGAAUCACAAUCUGAUCCAUCGCAUCCACCCGGAAUUCUUUCCGCAUCGAACGGGAAAUGCGUUGGAAGAAAUAUGGCUGAUUAAUAAUGAUCUUAGUCAUGUGGCCGAGAUACGAUCAGUGCUCGAAGCUCUGCCAAGAUUAAAAUUUUUAGACGCCAGUCACAAUCAAUUAGAGGAAAUACCCUUCGGUGCUCUAAGAGGCCAUCCCACUUUGGAGAGGCUUCAUCUGAACCACAACAGGCUGGCAUUUUUGCAGAGAGAAACGUUCACGGCAAUGCCGGCGCUCAGAGAGCUUAGACUGAAGAAUAAUUCUUUGUCGAAUCUCCUGGAAGCUCCUUUCUGGAAUCUGCCAGCGUUAAAAGGUCUGGAUCUUUCGGAGAACUAUUUCCGUCAUAUAGAGCCGCGUUUAUUCGAUAAUCUACCGAAUCUCAGACGACUGGAUCUUAGCGGUAACGCUAUUGGACUCAUCGAACCCGAGUCCUUUCUCAACACUCCGACGAUGGAGCACAUCAACGUCUCCAGAAACGCCUUAUCCGUUCUUCAUCCCUUGACUUUCCGACAUCUGACAAAUCUAUACGAGUUAGACGUCGGCUGGAAUCGUAUGCUGGAAUUGGUCCCUGGUCUACCGAAAGACAUCGAGCACCUUCACAUGCCCAUGAACCGUAUCGUCGCUCUGCCGGUCGUGUCCUCUCAGGAUCUAGUCCUACCCGCCCUACGAUCGCUGGAUCUAAGCGCGAAUGGAAUCGAAAGAAUUCUGCCCGGCACGCUGGCCGAUCUGUCAAACUUGAGAAAAUUGAGUCUAGGCUAUAAUACUUUGAGAGUUGUAGACGACGGCGUUUUCGAUGGACUCUCGAGAUUGGAACAAUUGGACUUGAAAUACAAUCGAUUGGUCACGUUGCACGGACGAAGCUUUCGCCCUUUGAAAUCGCUAAUGGACGUGAAUCUUAGAGGCAAUCGAAUGGAAGUUCUACGACCAGAUAUAUUUCAGGAGAAUACACGAUUACAGAGGAUUGAUCUGAGCAGAAAUAAUCUCGCCCAAAUUCCUCACGCUACCUUCGCCAACACCAGAGACCUUCGUGAACUAUACGCCUCGCACAACACUUUGACCGAGUUACCCGGAUCGUUGCACGGUUUAAAGGUUCUUCGAGUUCUCGACUUGAGCUUCAACAAGCUGAACAUUCUAUCGCCGGAAACGUUAAGCAGCCUUUCGUCCUUGCUCGAGCUAAAACUCGUUAGAAAUCGCAUACGAGAAUUGCGGGAAGGUGCGUUCGACGGGUUGCCGCGGCUGUCCCUGAUCGAUCUCGAGGAUAACGAUCUUAGAGUGAUCGAGAGGAACGCGAUCAGAGCUUUACCGGAACUACAGGCCGUCAGACUCGGCAGGAAUCGAUUGCAGUCUAUCCCAAGUGGCGCUUUCACCGAGCUACCACUGCUGCAGAGUGCGGAAUUACAGGAAAAUCGAAUCCAGGAAGUCGCUAAUAAUGCCUUCAUUAACGUGCCACACUUGCUAUUCCUUAAUCUAAGUCAUAAUAAUCUGCCGGGAUUGGAGUACGUAGGCUUGGAGAGUCUACACUCGCUGGAGGUUCUCGAUCUCAGCUACAAUCGUUUAUCGAGAGUCUCAAGCGACAGUCUGGCAGCUAUGGAGUGGCUAGUGGAAUUAAAGAUGGACAACAAUCGGAUUUGCGCCGUGCACGGUUCGCCUUUUGAUGACAUGCCGAGAUUACGGGUAUUGAGUCUGCGAAGCAAUCGAAUGACCGCAGUUUCCGAAAAUGCUUUCAAAAGACUCAGAUCGAACAUUGCUGUUCUGGAUAUCGACGGAAAUCCAUUAUCCUGUUCUUGCGGCAUGCUUUGGCUACGAGGAUGGCUGCAGCAGGCUUCCUCGGAAGGUCCUAGAUGCGCUGACGGUUCUCUUUUUAGAGAACUUAGAUUAUCGCGUCAAGAUUGCCAGCGCGAGAGAUAUGUCGAACCGGUCCAUCCAGGAUGCGAAUCUGAAAUGAUUAACGUUGCAACGCCUUCGGUUUCUUCAUCUGCGUUCGGAGUUACAGAGACGGUACCGUUCUGGAUGAACCUAAAAGACUCGUCAACCCAGAAGCCUUCCAUUUCCCAGGAUUCCGAUUAUCUAUACGAAUAUGUGGACUAUCAGGACAACGGAAGCGACACGAGCACAUCCGCGUCGCCGUCCAGCGUGUCUACCAUCAGUGUGCCCACUCAAACCGUAAACAUCAUCCCUCCGCCACCGCAAACGCAGAAGCAUCAGACUCAGAGGAACGAAACGUCACCGGUGAAAAAGAACCCUAUGAUGCCACCGUCACCCAGCAGCUCCGGCUUCACCUUCUUCGGUCUACCUCUGCCGAGCAUGAGUUUCGAUUUGUGGGGAAAUUCGAAGAGGAAAGCCGAGAGGAAGGAGUCCUCGUUAAAGCUGGAUAGGCCCAGCCGAGGACGUUACAGAUCCUUUCCUCCCACGGAACCGGAAAUUCACAGGGGUGGCUUCGUGCCGCUGCCGCGUGCCCAGAGCGGAUUCGUGCCGAUCGCCGAUCCUAGAUUGAUGUACGAGAAACAGGAGGCGAAGCGCGAGAACAUUUCAAAGUCAUUGAGUGCGAGCAAUAGUACGCAGAUGCCGGAGGAACGUCCACGAAAAAGCGGAAACAGCACCAUCACCAGAGUGGAAAAGAUCGUCUCCAGAGUCGGAAAACCUCGGACGAGUUUCCGGGAACGAGAGGAGUUAACCACUGCACCGACAUUCGACCGAUCGACCGAUUCGAAUAAUUUCAAUUCUCGUAAGAUUUUGCCCGACGUCAAUAAAAUCAACUCUGACGCGUUCAACGCAACGAAAAGUAGUGUACCGAUAAUUGUGGAGGAGUCAUCACAGGAAGCUCACGAAACGUCGGUGUCCACCGAGAUUUACGAGGACGAGAGUCUAGAAGUAGAUUCGAAAGAAGUUAAAUUCAUCGAAAAACCACAGAUGGAAAUCGCCAGUAGAAUAAUUUGGACCACACCUAAAACGAUAAUGACGGAAACGGGAAAAGUUCUAAUUACCAAGGACAUUGUGACGGCAGCGAUGGAAGUGGUACCGUCACAAGAAAGCAACAAUAAAGAUUGGGACAUUGAAAUAUCCGAAUAUGAAAGGAAUUCAACUCAAUUGAGCACUACGACUGACUCUUACCAUGAAUCUGACAAUCCGCAAGUGGCAAAAACAGAUGUGCCGCACUUCUUUGUAACCACGACAUCCUCCACAUCGAAUCCGCGCCCGAGAGAAACCACGACUACGACUUCUCGAGGAACGGAGGCGUCCGCUUUGUCCGCGCUUCUGAUCCCGGGAGGACAAUUACCGUCUUCGGGGCCCUUGGGAAAUUUACGUCCGCUCGGUAGAUCCACGAUAACCAAAGUCCCAUCGCCGUACCUUAGUCAGAAUGCCGAACAAUUGCGGGAGAGACAGAAAUCGGUCGCUGCUCAGAGAAGCGCCGAGAUCGUCGAUCACACGACGACUGAGAUCCAGAACGAGGCGUUCGUCAUCGACGAAGAAGCCAGAGUGCUAGACGACAGUCCUUUCAACUGGUAUUUUCAACAUUAUAAUGAUACGAAUUUGGAACCUUAUGUAGGUAUAGCUUAUAGCGGUGCCGCGAAAAUCGAUGCGUAUCGAUGGUUACUUUUACUUGCUUUUAGAAUCUUAAUAUAGAAAGAGAUUUGGAAUUCUCUCGUAGAGAGAAAUCUAUAAAUGGUUUUUAUAAAUAGACAAAUUUAUAUAUCGCUAAAGAGAUAAAGACGAAAGAGAAUUCAUAAAAGAUAACAUACAUUGUAAUAUCUCUUAAUGAAUACCGCUAUAUGUCUCUCGAAUCACAAAUCAUACAUGUGUAGGCAUGCUGUAAGGAUAAUCCCGUGCGAUGUACACAGUUGAAUUAU